GAGCCUCCCUCGGCCGGGCUGAGCGCAGGGAGCGGUCCCGAUCGCAGCAUGAGCACCCUCAAGGUCUACAGCACCUCGGUGACCGGAUCCCGGGAGAUCAAAUCCCAACAGAGUGAAGUAACCAGAAUUCUAGAUGGGAAAAACAUCAAGUACGAGCUGGUGGACAUCUCCCAGGACAAUGCUCUGCGAGAGGAGAUGAGGGCAAAGGCAGGCAACCCCAAAGCCAUCCCACCCCAGAUUGUCAAUGGAGACCAUUACUGCGGGGAUUAUGAGCUCUUUGUGGAAGCUGUGGAGCAAAACACCCUGCAGGAGUUCCUGAAGCUGGCCUGAUCCCUGGCUUCCUUCCCCUCCUGGACUCUACCUGCAUUCCUGAGCACCCUCAUCUCCGACCACCUUCACUUCCAGGUUGUCAGCGCUCUCCUGGCACCACCACCUGUAUCCCAGCAUAGGGAAACCCAUGACCAAAACUACUCAUUGCAGCUGCCUCCAGUUCCCUCCUGCCUAACCCUGAGAUCAUCUCAGAGGGAUCCAAAGAAAUCCUGACCCUCACUGCACACAGCCUUUCAACGAAGCUGGACCUGGCUCCCACCGCAGCUUCCAGUGCCUCUGUAAACAGCAAAUCCCCUGGGGCUGUGUGAAGUGCAGCCAUCCAGCCCUCUCUCCCUUCCACUGGGAGAGCUCCUGCUUCAGGAGGGAAGGGCUUCGGGUUGCAUGUUACUUCCCCACUUCUCCCAGUUGCUGUUCAAAUUGUCAGUCCUGCUGCCUCACUUCCUUUUGUUGUUAA